GUUUUGCAAGUUGAUCACAGAUUCUUCAACUAAAAAGUAUUCCUUGCAACACUGGUAGAGAGAAACAACUAGUCAGCAUUCCAAUUUCCAAAUGCGCUUCUUUUUAAAUAAGGCACAGUUUAUCAAGAUUCCUUGUUGGUUGGUCGAUUAACACUGGUAGUCUGGUUCUGUAAUAUAUCCUAUUACAUGUUGUUCUCUGUUUCUUCUAUAAAUAAGAGUUGAAUUUACAGUUUCAGCACCCUAUUAGGCCUGUGUUUCUUUGGAUUUUCUGGUUUGAGUUGGUCUGUGUAGCUAACACUACCCAUACACAGUUUGAUCACUACCAACUUCUCUACGCUAGCUAGAAUGGCUAGUGCCACUGAUGCCGCCGCCGGCGCUGACAGGAAGAUUCCCAAAGUUCCUAUCAAAGGCCGCAGGAACAUAUUGAUUACAAGUGCAUUGCCUUAUGUUAACAAUGUCCCUCACCUUGGCAACAUCAUCGGCUGUGUUUUGAGUGCUGAUGUCUUCGCUCGCUACUGCCGUCUCAGAGGUUAUAAUGCUAUAUACAUCUGUGGGACUGAUGAGUAUGGCACUGCAACAGAGACUAAAGCCAUGGAAGAGAAUUGCACUCCUCAGCAGAUUUGUGAUAAGUACCAUGAAAUUCAUAGGGAGGUUUAUAAAUGGUUUGACAUAAGUUUUGAUGAGUUUGGGCGAACGUCUACUCCGCAGCAGACUGAAAUUUGCCAAGCAAUUUUCAAGAAGUUAUUGGAAAAUAAUUGGCUUUCUGAAAACACUAUGCAACAGCUUUAUUGUGAUACUUGUGAACGUUUCUUAGCUGAUCGAUUUGUGGAGGGAACCUGUCCCACGCUAGAUUGCAAUUAUGAUUCCGCACGAGGGGAUCAGUGUGAAAAGUGUGGGAAGAUGCUGAAUCCAACAGAACUAAAGGAUCCUAGAUGCAAGCUAUGUAAGACAAGUCCACAUAUUCUUGAGACUGACCACCUGUUUCUAGAGCUCCCAUUGCUGAAAGAUAUGCUGGAGCAGUAUAUCAACGACACAUCAGUGCCUGGAUCAUGGAGUCAGAAUGCUAUCCAAGCCACACAUGCAUGGCUAAAAGAAGGAUUGAAACCGCGAUGUAUUACCAGGGACCUUAAGUGGGGGGUGCCUGUUCCACUUGAGAAAUUUAAAGACAAGGUUUUCUAUGUGUGGUUCGAUGCUCCAAUCGGAUAUGUUUCAAUCACAGCAAGCUAUACUAGUGAUUGGAAGUUGUGGUGGCAGAAUCCUGAAAAUGUAGAACUAUAUCAGUUUAUGGGCAAGGAUAAUGUGCCAUUUCAUACUGUAAUGUUUCCCUCAACACUUCUUGGGACUGGUGAAAACUGGACACUGAUGAAGACAAUCAGUGUCACUGAGUACUUGAACUAUGAAACAGGAAAAUUCUCCAAAAGUAAGGGAAUUGGAGUUUUUGGUAAUGAUGCAAAGGAUACAAACAUUCCUGUCGAUGUAUGGCGAUAUUACUUGCUAACCAAUAGGCCAGAGGUGUCGGACACCUUAUUCACAUGGUCUGAUUUGCAAGCAAAACUAAAUGCUGAAUUGCUCAAUAACUUGGGAAAUUUUAUUAAUCGAGUAUUGAGCUUCAUAGCUAAACCUGAAGGCCAAGGAUAUGCUUCUAUCAUUCCUGAUGCUCCAGGUGCUGAAUCACAUCCCUUGACCAAGAAAUUAGCAGAAAAAGUUAGUGAUUCUGUAGAUCAAUAUCUUGAAGCAAUGGAGAAGGUUAAAUUAAAGCAAGGAUUAAAGACUGCAAUGGCCAUUUCUAGUGAGGGAAAUGCAUAUUUGCAAGACAGCCAAUUCUGGAAGCUCUUUAAAGAAGAUCUAGCUUCCUGCAACAUCAUUGUCAGAACUUCAGCAGGACUUGUAUAUCUGCUUGCAACUUUGUUAGAACCUUUUAUGCCAUCUUUUUCAGUUGAGGUAUUAAAGCAGCUAAAUUUUCCUCAGCUGCAUCUAUCACUGUGUGAUGAGAAAGGAGAUGUUGAUAGAGCAAGAAGACCUUGGGAGGUUCUACCUAUUGGUCAUAAGAUAGGCAAGCCUGAACCUUUAUUUAAGGAGCUGAAAGAUGAAGAUGUGGAGUUCUUUAGGGAGAAAUUUGCUGGAAGUCAAGCUGAUAGAAUAGUGAAGGCAGAUGCAGCAAAGAAGGUUGUUGAGCAGCUGAAGAAAACAAAAAUUUAGUGUGAUAUUGGAUAGAGUUAUUCAAGAGAAAGCUUUAUAUAUGAAGCAUAAGAUACAUGAUCAUAACAAUCCUAGGAGGUAUCGUGAUGGGGUCUUCAAAAAAAGGAGCAGUUGAAUGAAACAAGCACAAUCAGGUCAUAGAUUAUAGUCCUUUUUGUCUAUAUGUAUGCCUUUCGUAUGACAUACAUUUUUUGACACACUGAUGUAACUUGUACAGUUUCUUUUCAUUUCUCAUAGUAAAAGCUUUUAUUUGCCCAUUAAAAAAAUUUGGGUAGUUGUAAUUGUUGGGGAUACGAUAUCUUUAAUUUCAUCUAUGGAAAAAUUGGGCUG